UGUCCAAAUGUUGGUAACACUGAUGACUAUGGCGUUAGUUGGCGUGUACAGAAGAAUUUUCUAAUUUCUAAAUUAUUGUGACCGGCUAGAUAUUAAUUAAAUAUACAAAUAUUUAUUUCGAAUGAUACCAAUCUAAGUACAAUAUGGAGAACGAUAUAUUAGACGGUUUAAACGAUUUGGGUUAUGAGGGCCCACUUCUUAAUGAGGUGGCCUUCUCGAAGGCCCUUGAUGGUGGCCCCAAAUCCCUCGAAUUCACCAAACUCAUCCACAUCUUGGCGGAGGAGCUAAAGAAACUCUGUAACCUGGAGGAAACCAUAAAUGUGAUGAAUGAUGCUGAUGAGUCAGCGUCUUUCUUGCUUGAGCUGAGUUCGUUCCUGAAGGAGCUUGGCUGUCCAUAUAAGGCAUUGGUUACAGGUCACAUGUCCUCCCGCCUCCAGUCAAAGGAGGAUAGGCUACUCUUAUUAGACUAUAUGAUAUCAGAACUGAUGGCAGCUAGAAUGGUAGCCACUGACUGUCCCAACGAGAAGAAAAACUCUACAAUGGAAAUUGUUAUGCAAGAGUCUCCAACAGCCAAGGAUCUGAAGGAAAUAUUGAUCUCUCUUAAAUUUAACAAACCACCUCCAAACAUCACGGCCGAGAUGUUGUUUUCUAAAUUGGAGUCAAAACUGAAGGACACCAUACAGAAGGAAGGUAACCAACUAGUCGGCAAGCCAUUAUACAACAAAGCAUUGACAGACAAAGACUGGAAGAAAUUAGAGACGGAUUAUACAGAAAUGUUCGAAGAGUACCGUUUGAGAAGAGAAACACUCAUCACCAGACUCGAGUGCACUAUACAGAGCUUUGAGUGGUCUGACCGUUUGAAGACCAAGAAGGAUCACAUACAAUCGACGUACCGUCCAAAGCGGGAGCUCCUCAAAGUAAAACCCGACGUGAAGUUAUCAGAUUUCCUCGCCGCAAGGACUACGCUUCUCCAAGUGGAAAAGACAUCCAGCGCUAGUGUACGGAAGAACACCCAGACUGAUGUCAACAAAGUUAUCAUCGGACAAGUACCAGACAGAGGCGGCCGUCCCAACGAACAGCAGCCACCGCCACCGGAGAUGCCCUCGUGGCAGCAGAGAUCCGCGCCACAAGGCGGACGCGGCGGUGGCCAAGCCGCUCGCGGUGGCAGUAGCGGCGGUGGUUUUGGCGGUGGCGGUGGCGGUGGCGGCGGCGGCGGCGGCGGCGGCGGUUUUGGCGGCGGCGGGGGCGGUUAUGGCGGAGGCGGUGGCGGCCGUGGCGGAGGCCGAGGAGGGCGCGGCGGUGGACGCGUACAAGGCGGGUACAGUCAGGCGUCUGGCGAUCAGGGCAGACCUCAGACGAGUCCAGCGGGUUACAACCAGAAUUCGCGGAACUACCAAACGUACGAAGUGCCGCCCGGCGGUUACAAUCAAUACGACAGGAACAACGGCCACGGUUACAAUAACCAAGCUGGUUACGACAGUAUGGGCAGUUACAACCAGUAUAAUCAAGGAGCCAGCGGCGGUGGCUACAACAAGGGCUACCAGAAUCAAGGCUACCAAACCCAAGGUUACAGCCAAGGUCAAAGUAAAGGUUACCAAAACCAAGGCUACUACCAGAACGAGCAUGACGACCGGGAUCGACGCGGUAGAGGGGGCUACAGAGGACGUCGCUGAUAGAAAACCAGUUUUGUUGACUGUAUUAAUGCUCUAAUGAGUUAUAGCCGACAUAAUAUCAGAUAACUGAUAACCACCCGUGUUGUUCAUAAAAACGGAGCAUCCAAUUUACAAUGUUUCAAUGUAACGAUAUCCAAGUUUUGUUAAAAUUACAGUAGGAACAUUAAAUUAAAUUUUCUAUUAUUCUAAAAGUGUAAAUGGCGGACUUAACGCCAUCUGGCGUUAUCUACCAGUCAACUGUAGACAGGAAUAAUGUAAAUAUAAUUGACGGUGCAACGUGAUGUGUAAAGGAAUAGAAAAAACAAAAAUAAUACUAAAUUAGUAAAAAAACAUAAUACUCAUGUUACCUAUAUUAUACAUACAUACAUGUAUAUAUAUUACUAUUAAUACUUACAUAUAUAAGUAUUGAUAGUUUGUAUAAAAAUAUAAAUAUUUUUAAUUUAACAUAUUGGCUAGAAAGAAGGUGAAAAUACUUCUUAAUAUAGAUUCGUUAGUUGUUCGGUGUUUUUAUGAACGACACGGUAUUAAUAUAAUGGCAACUUAUUUAUUUGCUAUCUCUAGUACGCUAUUGUAUGUGUUGCAUAAUAUUUAUUGUAUUAUUGUCUGGCGACGUAAAUAAGCGAUUUAAGCUAAACAUCUAACAAAAUUACCAAAACAUAUAAUUUUCAAUGUUUAAUAUUAAAUUAUUAGUAUGUAAAUAUUUAAAAUGCACUUCUGCUUUGCUACUUCCUUUUUUUCGACAAGUUAUUGGACCUAUUCAUUAAUUUAAGGCAUACUCCUCGCAAAGGGGCCGAGUAACUUUGUUUAGACCAGUAGCAACCACUGUUUAUUAUUACUCUUUAUAUUGCUACUUUAAGUGCCUAAUAAACAACGCCAUAAGCAAUGUCAAAGCUGAGAUAAUAGAGUUUAAAAUAACGCAAUAUCCCAAUUCCAAUAUUGUAGCCAAAAGAUUUGUUAAUAUUUCAAAACGUGUUGCAUGACUCAAGCCAAUCGAAGCGAUCAGUCGAAAUCUCUACUAACUUCUGUGACUGUCACUUUGCAUCGUGUCCACUGAGUGUUAAUUAAGGAAGACUCUUACUGAAUACCUUUACAAAUUUUCAAAUUUAAAAUCUGACCAUUAUCGUUGAUGAAAUGAAAUGAAAUUUUGUAAAUGUGUAUAAUUUGCUUCAACUUGAAAGAUGGGGUAAUUUUUAUAACUAGUUUAUAUAUAUAUAAUAUAAAUCUUAACAAAGUUGUCAUUAUAUAGCAAAAUAAAUGAAGUAUUUAGUGAAAAUUAUAGCAAAUGAACGGUGGGGUCGUCGAUUCUCUAAAUUUAUUUCUCUACUUUUGAUAGUUUCGAGAAAGUACUGAUUUAUAAACUAUCAUAAACAAAAUUUUUUUUGGAAGAGAACUCUUAUAGAGUUAAACUCGCUUGUUUUACAUCUUCAUUCAAAAUAAGUAUAACAAUGUUUUUUUUUUGUGUACAAUAAAGUAUAAAUGAAUUAAUAUUUAAAAGAUUUGAUUUAAAUCAAUUUGAAAUUUAGUUAAUAUUGGUUCUUAGAAUAAAGAUUUUGUGUACUGUCAUAUAUAAAUUGAAAUUUUAGAUUUAGAGAAAUGGGCCCCAUUGUUACUUUUACAGUAAUCGAUAUUCCUACAUAAAAGCAAUUGCAAACUUUUUUAAUAGAUAUAAUAUAAAAUUCUUGAAAUAAAA